CGACCCGCUGGGCUCCUCCCGCAGCCCGUCUUUUGAAGGGUCACCGGAAAACCGGCACCUGGUUCUUCCGCCAGCCGCGCCCUUCCGCCAUUGACCCGGAAGUGUAGCAGUUGGAGCGGGGGUGAGGCGGCGUUCAUUCACUGCCCACAGUCGGCGGGAGUCGCGCUGUUGCCGACACGUUCGAGGGGUGUCGUCGUCCUUUAGAUUCUGGUGAACAGCAACAGAAAAUGGCAACUGACAAUAUGGAAAUUGAUGAUUCCUUAUACAGUCGUCAACGCUAUGUCCUUGGAGACAAUGCAAUGUAUCAGAUGGCUCAGUCCUAUGUCUUCCUAAGUGGUAUUGGUGGACUCGGUGUUGAGAUUGCUAAGAACAUUAUUCUUGCAGGUAUAAAGGCACUCACCAUCCAUGACACCAAGCCAUGUCAAACUUUGGACCUAGGGUCUAAUUUCUUUCUGCAUGAGAAUGAUGUUGCCAGUCAAAGAAACAGAGCUAAGGCCACAAUUUUGCAACUUGCAGAGCUGAAUCCUUAUGUCCAGGUCAAUUCUUCCAACAUUGUUCUGGAUGAAAAUACAGAUCUUAGCUUUCUGCAGCAAUAUCAGUGUGUGAUAUUGACAGAGACUGGACUUUCACUUCAAAAGAGGAUUAAUGACUUCUGCCGUUCACAGCAGCCACCCAUCAAGUUCAUUAGUGCUGAUGUAUAUGGAGUGUUCAGCCGAGUGUUCUGUGACUUUGGAGACCAUUUUGAGGUAUCUGACCCAAGUGGAGAAGAGCCAAAGGAAAUCUUCAUUCAGAAUAUCACACAGUCCAAUCCUGGAAUUGUAACAUGCAUGGACAAUCAUAACCAUGGGUUGGAAACAGGACAAUUUGUAACAUUUCGGGAAGUCAGCGGGAUGACAGAGUUAAAUGAAUCAGUUCAGCAAAUAACAGUUUUGUCCCUAUAUUCCUUUAGUAUUGGAGAUACUACAAGUCUUGGGCCAUAUUUGCAUGGAGGAAUUGCUGUGCAGCUGAAAAUGCCCAAAACCUUUACAUUUGAAAGUAUGGAGACUCAACUUUUAAAUCCUCGAUGCUUUGUAGUAGACUUCAGCAAACCUGAGGCACCCCUGCAGAUUCACACAGCAAUGCUGGCCUUGGAUAGAUUUCAAGAGCAACACAAACAUCUGCCAAACAUAGGAUGUCUUCAGGAUGCAGAGGAGCUCAUGAAAUUGGCUUUAACUGUAAAUGAAACACUGAAAAAUAGGACUGCAGUUAAUCAAGAUAUUGUUAAGUGGCUCUCACGGACAGCAAGAGGUUGUUUGGCCCCUCUUACUGCUGCUUUUGGUGGAAUCAUCAGCCAGGAAGCUUUGAAAGCACUUACAGGAAAAUUUUCUCCGCUGCAGCAGUGGCUGUAUUUUGAUGCAACGGAGAUAUUUCAGACUCUAGAAAGUACAAACAGUGAUCAGUUCCAACCACGAGGAGAUCGAUAUGAUGCUCUGCGUGCAUGCGUUGGAGAAUCUAUCUGCCAAAAACUUAGCAACCUCAAUGUUUUCAUGGUUGGAUGUGGUGCAAUUGGCUGUGAAAUGCUAAAAAAUUUUGCUGUACUUGGGAUUGGCACUGGUUCUGAACAAGGAAUGAUUACUAUCACUGACCCUGAUUUAAUUGAAAAAUCCAAUUUAAACAGACAAUUUCUCUUCAGACCGCAACACAUACAGAAACCAAAGAGUUACACAGCUGCAUCAGCCACCUUGAUGAUAAAUCCCCAGAUGAAAAUAGACUCUCAUCUAAACAAAGUGUGUCCAUCUACUGAGAACAUUUACAGUGAUAAUUUUUAUACCCAAGUAGAUGUUGUGGUCACUGCACUGGAUAACGUAGAAGCAAGAAGAUACGUUGACAGUCGAUGUGUGUCAAAUCAACGUCCUCUUCUAGAUUCAGGAACAAUGGGUACAAAAGGACACACAGAGGUCAUUGUGCCAAACCUGACAGAGUCGUACAACAGCCAUCGAGAUCCUCCUGAAGAAGAAAUCCCAUUUUGUACAUUGAAAUCCUUUCCAGCAUUAAUUGAACACACAAUACAGUGGUCCAGAGAUAAGUUUGAAAGCUGCUUUUCAUACAAACCCUCAAUGUACAACAAGUUCUGGGAUACCUAUAAAUCAACAGACAAUGUACUACAGAGAAUGGAAAAAGGAGAGAGUUUGGAAGGAUCAUUUCAAGCAAUUAAGUUACUUAGUAGGUGGCCUACAGACUGGCAUCAAUGUGUGUCUCUGGCACGAGUAAAGUUUGAAAAAUAUUUCCACCACAAGGCUGUACAACUUCUCCACUCAUUCCCUUUAGACACGAAGCUAAAGGAUGGAAGCUUAUUUUGGCAGUCACCAAAAAGGCCACCGAGUCCAAUACAGUUCAACAUAGAUGAUGAGUUGCAUUACAAUUUUAUAUUAAGUGCCGCAAGACUUUUUGCAGUAAUUUACAGGGUCCCUUAUACAGAGCAGGAUUUAUGUAAAGAAAAUAUUUCCCAGCUAUUGUCUGAAGUGAAGAUUCCAAAAUUCACACCAUCUGCAAAACAAAUAGAAACUGAUGAAACUGUAAAGAAAUCUGACCAGGCAAAACUUGCAGUAAGCAGUGAAGAGGAAAGAGUGGCCAUUGACUUGUUAAACCAAGCCAGAAGAACAGGACUGGCAACCAAAAAUCAUCUCCACAUGGUGGCAGUCUCCUUUGAAAAAGACAAUGACAGCAAUGGGCAUAUUGACUUUAUAACAGCAGCAUCCAACAUACGGGCAAGAAUGUAUAACAUUGAUACAGCAGACAGGUUAAAGACGAAGAGGAUAGCUGGAAGGAUCAUCCCUGCCAUAGCAACUGCAACUGCAGCAGUAUCAGGGCUGGUUGCACUUGAGUUAAUCAAACUUGCUGGAGACCCUCCACUUGAAGCAUACAGAAACUGUUUCUUUAACCUGGCCAUCCCCGUUAUGGUUUUUACUGAGCCAGCAGCUGUAAAGAAAAUGCAAAUAAGGAAUGACAUCUCAUUUACAAUCUGGGACCGAUGGACAAUUUACGGAACAGAAGACUUCACACUGUUAAAUUUCAUAGAUGCUGUGAAAGAAACAUAUAAUGUUGAGCCAACAAUGGUGGUGCAUGGAGUGAAGAUGUUGUAUGUGCCUGUCAUGCCAGGCCAUGUGAAACGACUGAAAUUAACAAUGCAGAAGUUAGUGAAACCAACAUUGGACAAGAAGUAUGUUGACUUGACGGUAUCAUUUGCAGCCGAAUCUGAUGGUGAUGAAGACUUGCCAGGUCCUCCAGUGAGAUAUUAUUUCAGACCUGAAGAGAAGUGAACCUGGGCUUACUAUGGAUGCUGCAACCUCUCUUACCAAUUUCCACAGAGGAUGGAAAUCACCCACUUAAUUUGCUAAAUGAUUCCACUUUACUGUGAUGUAAAUGCCUCUCUAAUUUCCUGCAAAUGUCGCCAGAUGCAGACUGCCUUAAUAGUCAUAAUAAAAUCUGUGUUUUCAAAUAAUAGCCUGUAUAUUGUAUUGUGAUGCAGUCAAGGCGGUUCAUACCUAAUGUAAAAUAAUGCACAUCUUUUUUUUGUCUGUACUGUAAGAAGUUCAUUAGCUGCUGUUUUAAACUGAACAAGAUUCUAUGUUUUCCUGUGCCAAAGAUAUAUAACAAGUGUAAGAAACAAAAGUUUGGCAUAUCUGCCUUUUGCUGAUUCUGGAAAUAGUUGUGGCUCCAUAUCUAAAUGAUGCUAUCAUAUUUGAGAAAUUCUAUGAAAGCAAUCCUCCAUCUUGCAGUCUUGCUGGUAAAAGAAAAUCUUGCAGAAUUAUAAAAGAUCAUAUUUUUGAUUCGCACUGAAAAUUAAUUUUUAAGUUUUUUUUUGCCUGUGCUUGCUAUUGGCCGUAUUUGACUAUAUUUUGGUUACUACAUGCCGUUAUUUUUAUAUAUGUCCCCAUUGAUACAAGUCAUUGACCAAUGACGCUUAAAGUAAAAUUACCUGAAUUUUCCAAAGCUUAAAUUCAGAUUUUUGAAAAAUCUGAAAAAAAGGUCACGCCACUGUAAUUUCACAAUGAGGAGAUCAGCAGUUUUAUAGUGUUUACUUUGUUCUUUGUAAAUAAUGUGACCAUCUAAAUUGCAGGGUUUUGCUCUUUUUUAAAAAAUCUCUUAAGAUUUGGAGAGAUUACAGAAUGAGCCCAUUACAGGUGUAUAAAAAUUGCUCUUUUGAUUUUUAAGUGCUUUUGAAAAUCCUAGGGACUUGAAAGGCAUACUAUAACUGCAAAUCUGUUACAUUUUCUUCAGUGCCAGUAAUGAUUUGGUGGUGGUCCUCCCUUCUGAGCAUGAAGUUGUGGAUUCAAGAGGCCUAAUUACAAAAUUGAGGCUGGUAGUACAGUAGUGAGAAGGUGCUGCUGUUUUGGAGUUGCCAUCUUCUGUAUGAGAGAUGAAACAAGACCCUCAUCUGGUCCUUCAGGUGGAUGUAAAAGAUCCUGUGGUAUUCUUUCAAGGAAGAAGAAUUCUCCAUGGUAUCCUGACCAAUGUUUAAUGUUCAGCUGGAACCACCUUAAACAUAAUGGCAUGGCCAUUAUAUCAUUGCAAUUUUGUAACCAAUUGGCCAUAUACAAAUUGGCUAUUGUGUUUCCUGCUUUACAAUUGUGCUUCAAAAAGUAUUUCAUUCACUGUAAAGCACCUGAAGGUAACCAGAAUUGUUAAAGAUGCUCUAAGUUUUCACCUGGAUUCAAGUAAUUGCCACACAAAACUAAUCCCAUCUGCCUACAAUGUGGUCUAUAUCCCUCCAUUCCCUGUCAUAUCCAUGCCUAAAUUUUGUUUAAGCAUUGUUAUCAUAUCUGCUUCCACCAUCUUCCAUAUCAGGCACCUUCUACUCUUGCCUCAUAAAUCUCCUUUAAACUUUCCCCCUCUCAUCUUAAACCUAUGCCCUCUAGUAUUUGAUAUUUCCACCCACCCUGGGGAAAAGAUUGACAAUCUAACCUAUCAAUGCCUAUCAUAAUUUUAUGUACUAUCAGGUCAUCCCUCAGUCCCUGACACUCCAGAGCCAACAAUCCAAGUUUGCCCAAUCUCUCCUGAAAGCCCCAAUCCUGACAGCAUUUUGGGAACCUCUUUUGCAUCCUUCAAAGCCUUCACAUCCUUCCUGUGAUGUAAUGACAUGAACUGCACUGCAAAUAGCCUGUAUAGCGAUCAAAUCAAUCGAAGUGAGUAUCAAAUGGUUAAGUAGCUUCGCUGACCCAGAAUGGAUGUUUUGGUGGCAAGUUGAAACUCUGACCUAAAAUUUCAUAUUCCACUUGUCCAAAGCAACUCUACAAAGAACAAGUACAUUUUAAGCAUGAUAAAAAAGGGCCACCUAUGUCUUGAGCCACAGGAGAUGGGUGAGAUUUUUAAUGGGUGGGUGUUUACUGAGGAGAAAAUCAUGGUUGCUCAAGAGAUAAGGGAAACGUGGAGAUGCUAAGGAGGACCAGGGAGGAGGUAUUUGUAGCAUUAGAGUGCAUUAAGGUGGAUAAAUCCUGAGGGCCUGACCAAGAUUGAAAAGUAGCUUAAGGUUCUGUUGUUUAGCAAGGACAAAUCAGGGACUACAGGCUGGUCACCCUGACAUCACUAGUGGGGAAGUUACUGGAGGGAAUUCUGAGGGUCAGGAUCUACCAGCAUUUAGAUAAACAGAGUCUGAUUAGGAGGAGUCAGCAUGGCUUUGUGCGUGGAAAGUUGUGCUUGAGGAACCUUUUAGAGUUUUUUAAAGAGGUAACCAAAAAGGUAGAUGAGGGUGGGGCAGUGGAUGUUGCCUGUUUGAACUUAAGCAAGGCCUUCAACAAGGUCCUGCAUGGUAGGCUGGUCUGGAAAGUUAGGUCCCAUGGAAUCCAGGAAGAACUAGUUAGAUGGGUUCAAAAUUGGCUCGGAGGCAGGAAGCAGAGAGUGGUAGUUGAAGAUUGUUUCUUGGAAUGAAGGCUAAUGACUAAUGGUGUGCCACAGGGGUUGGAGUUGAGACCCUUGUUAUUCGUUAUUCAUAUAAAUGAUUUGGAUGUGAAUGCGCAAGGCUUGAUCAGUAACUUUGUGGAUGACAUGAAAUUAGGAGGUGUGGAUAGUGAAGAAGGUUAUCGUAGAUUACAGGGGGAUCUUGAUCAGUUAGGGAAGUGGGCUAAGGAGUGGCAAACAGAUUUGAGUAUAGAUAAGUGUGAGGUGAGUGUAGGACUUGUACUAUGAAUGGUAGGGCACUAGGGAAUGUAAUGGAACAGAGGGACCAAGGAGUACAAGUGCAUAGUUUGUUGAAAGUGGCGCCACACAUAGGGUAGUGAAAAGUGUAGUGCACGCUGGCCUUCAUCAGUCAGGGCAUCAAGUAUCGGAGUUGGGACAUUAUGUUGAAGUUAUGUAAGUUGUUGGUGAGGCUGCACUUGCAGUGUUGUGUAUGGUUUGGGUCACACUGUUACAGGAAAGAUGUGGUUACACUGGAAAGAGUGCAGAAAAGAUUUACAAGGAUGUUGCCAGGACUGGAAGGCCUGAGUUAUAAGGAGAGCUCUUUAUUCCUUGGAGCUUGGGAGAAUGUGUGAUGCCCUUAUAGAGGUUUAUAAAAUCAUGAGGGGCAUAGAUAAGGUGGAUGGUAGUCUUUUCCCCAGGGUAGGGGAGUCCAAAACUAGCGGGCCUAGAUUUAAGGUGAGAGGGGAAAGAUUUAAAAGGGACUUGAGGAGCAACAUUUUCAUGCAGAGGGUGGUAAGUAUAUGGAAUGAGCUGCCAGAGGAAGCGGUUGAGGCAGGUACAAUAGUAUCAUUUAAGAAGCACUUGGAUGGGUACAUGCAAGGGUGGGGCUGAGGGAUUUGGGCUGAACACAGGAAAUUGGGACUAGCUGGGUGGGCAUCAAGGUUGGCAUGGAAUUGUUGGGCUGAAGGGCCUGUAUCUGUGCUGUGUUGUUCUAUGACUCUAUGUAUCUGUUUUCUCUACUGCAAAGCACGUAGAAUCAUGAAUUCCUUUCACUUAAUAUAUAGAAUCAUCAGAUUCCUUAAGUGGUUAUCUGCACUUUCACCUGGUUGAAGCAAAACACUGUGAACAACAAACUUUUA